GAUUUAAACCUGGAGUCGCCAAUUUGUCAAGAAACACGAAUAUGAGUCUGGAAAUAUAAAAAGAUAUUUUUAUUGCCAGAGGCCCCAGCAGGAAUCAACUGGUCUGGAUCGGCACAAUAAUGGCGGAGAGAGGAAAAAGAAGAGCUGCUUCUGAAAUGGGCCCCCCUGUGGGGUGUAAGAGAAAGAGCCCUGAGAGUGUCCUGAUGAAGAGAGCAGACUCCCCUGUACCCAGCUGUGUUUCCAUGAAGAGUGACGCAUCAAUGGGAAAUCCACUCGACUUCAGAGAGGGACCUUUUCCUACAGAUCAAAGAGACCAAAUGGAAGAAUGCAGUUCAGAUCUACAUGAUAAAUCGGGUUUAUCAUCCAUAUUGAAGUCACUAGAGGAAAAAGCCAUGAAGUUUUUAAAAGACGAGCUGAAGACGUUUGUGAGGCACCUAGAUCAGAAUUACCCAGAAUGCUCUGAGCCUCAGCUGGAGGAGGACAAUGACCUGGACUGUGAUGGUCAGAUGCGGAAGACCAGUGUUAGAGAGGUAGCUCUGAAGAUCACUCUGUACAUCCUGAGGACCAUGAAGCAAAAUGAUCUUGCUGACAUGCUGGAGAAGAGACAGCUCAUGCUGCAACAGGAAAUCAAAGGUAAACUUAAGAAGCAAUUUGAGUGUGUAUUUGAAGGGAAAGCUAAGGAAGGACAGCCAACACUUCUCAGUGAGAUUUACACAGAACUCUACAUAACUGAAGGUGGGACUGGAGCAGUCAAUGAUGAACAUGAAGUGAGACAGAUUGAAACAGCAUCCAAGAAAAGGCGAACAGAAGAUACUACAGUCAAGUGCAAUGAUAUAUUUAAACCCUUAUGUGGGCGUGUGACACCUAUCAGAACUGUACUCACUAAAGGGGUGGCAGGUAUCGGGAAAACAGUCUCUGUGCAGAAAUUCAUUCUCGACUGGGCAGAAGGAAAUGCAAACCAGGAUGUUCACUUCAUAUUUGCUCUUCCUUUCCGGGACCUGAAUUUGAUUAAGGGUGAAUACAGUCUGAUUGAACUGCUUCACCACUUUGUCCCUGAACUGAAAUCAUUUCAAUCCACUGAGCUGUUUAGGUACAAAGUCUUGUUCAUCUUUGAUGGUCUCGAUGAGUGUCGCCUUCCUCUGGAUUUUCAGAACAAUGAGAGCUGGUUUGAUGUAACAAAGAAAACGUCACUGGAUGUGCUGUUGACUAACCUUAUUAAGGGGAAUCUGCUCCCAUCCGCUCUCCUCUGGAUAACCUCCCGGCCAGCAGCAGCCAAUCAGAUACCUCCUGAGUGUGUCCACCAGGUGACAGAGAUACGAGGGUUCAGUGAUGCCCAGAAGGAGGAAUAUUUCAAGAAGAGAUUUAAUGAUCAGAGCCUGACCAGCAGGAUUAUUACACAUGUGAAAUCAUCAAGGAGCCUCUUCAUCAUGUGCCACAUACCUGUGUUCUGCUGGAUUUCAGCCACUGUGCUUAAGAGGCUUUUUAGUGAGACUGACAGGGGAGAAAUUCCAAAGACUCUGACUGAAAUGUACACACACUUCCUGAUCUUUCAGACAAGUUUAAAAAAUGACAAGUAUAUGAAAAACCAUGAAACUAAGCUUAAGGAAUACAGCAAGGAAUUCCUUUUAAAACUUGGUAAACUGGCUUUUGACAACCUUGAGAAAGGCAAUCUCAUAUUUUAUGAGCAAGAUCUGACAGAGAAUGGCGUUGAUGUCGCUGAAACUUCAGUUUACUCUGGAGUGUGCACAGAAGUCUUUAAAGAGGAGUAUGGGUUGUACCAGGAGAAGGUGUACUGCUUUGUGCAUCUGAGCAUCCAGGAGUAUCUCGCUGCUCUAUAUGUGUUUCUGUCAAACUUAUCAGCUGACCUGCUGAAAACUGCAGUGGAUCAGGCAUUAGAGAGCAAGAAUGGACACUUGGACCUCUACCUCCGCUUCCUCCUGGGCCUCUCAACAGACUCCAGUAAGACUCUGUUACAAAGGCUACUGGGGCCGACAAGAAUCAGCUCACAUACCAUUAAGGAAACAGCCCAAUACAUCAAGGAGAAAAUACAGGAUAAUUUAUCUCCAGAAAGGACCAUCAACCUGUUCCACUGUCUAACUGAACUGGGUGACAAUUCUCUAGUAGAGGAAGUACAAAGAUACCUGAAUUCAGGAAACAUUUCAGCAGAUGACCUCUCACCUGCACAGUACUCAGCUCUGGCCUUUGUGAUGCUGAUGUCAGAUGAGGAGCUGGAUGUGUUUGACCUGAAGAAAUACAUCAGAUCAGAUGAAGAGCAUUGCAGGCUGCUGCCUGUGGUCAAGAACUCCAGGACGGCUCUGUAUAACAAUACAGGGAGAAAAAGGAAAUGGAAAAAGGAAAAUGACUGCAGUAGAUUGUCAGGACGCACAGAACACUCUGCAGACUAUAGUUCAUUUUGAAGUGCUGAACAGCUGUGAUCUCAUAGAUAAACACUGUGAAGUGCUGUCUUCAGCUCUAAGAUCAAACUCUUCCCCCCUGAGAGAGCUGGACCUGAGUGACA